AUGUCCUUCCAACUGCUGCGACACUCUGCUCUCCGAAGUGGCGUCCUGAGCUCGGCCCGAGCGUUCUCGACCAGUAAGUCGUCGUGCGCGUGGACGAGUCUCUCCAGUCGGGAAGCGAGUUGGCCCGAUCGCUGACCGCCUCGGUUCUCGCCGCGGUACGCCCACUUACGCCCAUCGGUUGUUUGCCCUGCAGCUCGACCUGGUUUGGCGGCCGUGAAGCGUGAGUGACUGCAUCGCUAAGCAUUCGGAGUCGACCAUAGCUAACCUCCUCAUCGUUCUGUCCCCUCCGCAGCUUGUAAGCCCUCCGCUCCCUCGCGUGCCACCGCGUCCUCCUCUGCACCCCUCUCCCCCGCCUCCCCCACCGGCAGCACUAAGCUCCCUCUCCCCACCGUGCACAGACAUCGAAGGGACCGUCAACGACCCGACCCCGUUCCCAGCCCCCAACAAAGCCCACGGUUCCUACCACUGGACCUUCGAGCGUCUCCUCUCCGGUGCUCUCGUCCCUCUCGUCGGAGCGACGGCCGUUACGUCGGUCCAUCCUAUCUUGGAUGGGGUCUUGGCCGUGGCUAUCGUGGCUCAUUCACACAUGGUAUGUCGGAGAAGAGGUUCGAUUCGAAAGGGCGGGACUGAUCAGCGCUUGCCGCCGCCCGCCCGGGAACUCGUUCCUCACCCCACCUUGGCGCUCUUAUAGGGCUUGGACCAAGUCCUGAUCGACUACGUCCACCCCAACAAGUUCCCCGUGAUCGGCACAAUCUCGAAAUGGCUCGUCCGAAUCGCAACCGGCGGUGUCUUGGUCGGGGUCUACCAGUUCAACACGAAUGAUAUUGGUCAGUUCGGAGUGAGGAGGCCGCGGCUUUCGUUUCGCGGCUUUUGUUUUUAUGUUGGAGGUCAGCGACUCAAGUGGUUUUUUUGGUUUUUGUUUCUUUGUAGGCUUGACGGAGUUGGUCAAGAAGGCGUGGCAUGCAUGA